AUGCUAACUUAUUAUAGAGUAUUUAACUAUGAGGACUUACGUCAACAAAUAUCGUCUACAAGGGAGAAGAUCAUGACAAUAAAUGGCGAAAUCGGCAAGUUGAAAAGUACCACAGACCUCCAGUUAAAGAAUCUGAUGAUGGUUGUCCAAGAAAUGAAGAGCAAACCUAACAUAGACGCUGUGAAGCUGGCCAAUUCCACGCAUCAAAUGGAUGCAAAGAUGAGAGACUUGAACUCACAAGUACUACUACUCAGGCAGACAAUGAGUACGGACAAAGAGGAACGGCUCAAACAAGAGAAGUGGUCUUCUUGA